AUGGACGACGCCGCAGUCGACACCGACGCUGCGGCCAUCCGGCUCGCUGUGCUCGACGCGUACGCCGCCCUGCCCGCAACGGGCAAGCCGCAGGCAGGCGAGUGGUCCGUGCUCGCAGGCAUCGCUCUGCGCUCGGCGAGCGACGCCCUCGAAGUGGUGGCGCUCGGGACCGGCACAAAGUGCCUGACCGCCAAGGCCAUCGCUGCGGAGCGCAGCGGCGGCUGCCUUCACGACGGGCACGCCGAGGUGUGCGCGCGGCGCGCCUUCCUGCGCUACCUCCUCGCGCAGCUCCGUCUCCACGCUGGAGGAGACGCCGCCCGAUCGGUGCUCGAGCCGCGGCCGGGCGGCGGCUACGCGCUGAAGGCGGGGUACUCGGUGCACUUCUACUCGUCGCAGCCGCCGUGCGGCGAUGCCGCCAUCUUUGGCACCGGCAGCGGCCGCGGCGCCGGGACGCUGGCGGCAAGCGCCGAGCAGGCGAUGGCGAGGAGAGGGCACGGCAGCGGCGGCGGCGAUGGCGGCGGCGAUGGCGGCGAUGGCGGCGGCGGCGGCGGCGGCGGCGGCGAGGGCGGCGGCGAGGGCGGCGGCAGGGAGGGCGGCGAGCGCGGCUCUGGCAAGCGGCCGCGGCUUUGCAUCCGCGCCCGGUGCGUUGGUCGUUUUUUCGUCACGGGAGGCCCCACCACGACACCGCCGACGGUCAAGUGGCUGGGACGCGGCAUGCCCGGCUUCAUGGUGGUGCAGCGCAAGCCGACGCCCAAAGGACUCGAGCUCCACACCCUUUGCUGCGCGAUGUGCGGCAUCCUCAUCUGGUUCGAGGUGUGGGAGGGGAAGAAGGCGAUGGCGACAAAGCCAAAGUGCGCCGAGCAGAAGAGGAAGCUCGGUGCAGACGGUCCGUGGAGGAGCGUCGCGCUCACCCUGCGGCUGUUGGAAAAGUGCGCGUCUCGGGGGCGAGUGGUGAUUCCGUCUCUGAUGAACGUCAAGACGGCGCACAAGCACUACCCCAAGGACCUGCUCCUCAACAAGCUCGGCUACGACAAGAGGUCGAAGCUGUGCCCGAAGCAGACGCGCGGCGAGUCCACCGCCUCGACGAUGAAGCCUGCAGACGACUACCAAAAGUCGUGGACCGUCACCGACGCCAUUGGCCGGCGCAUCAAGUACACCCUCAGCAUCGCGACGACCUGCGUGCACGCCAUGUACCACAAGUUCUACUCGGUCGUCGACGUCCACAACCACCUUCGGCAGGGGCUUGUCUCGAUGGCCGACGCAUGGGCCACCAACAACUGGGUGCACCGCCACUUUGCCGAGGGGCUGGGCUUCUGGGAGGUCAACGUGUACAAGGCGCUGCUCUACUGGCACCCGACGUACAAGAAGGUGGCGUUUGCCCUCCUCACGCUCGGCAAGGCUGAGUACGGUGCCGCCUCAAGUGCAGCCGGCGGGGCCGACCCGAGAGCUGCCCCAGAGAUGCAUGAGAUGGCAAAGUUCGACAACUACACCAACGAGCACCACCAGUGCAGCUGGUGCCAAAAGGGCAUCUCCGCGGGCUGGUACUGCGGAGCCUGUCGAGGUACUGCGUGA